AUGAACGCAAAAAUGAAUGGCCUUAACAUCCUUAUUCUUGAUAUGUUCCAUACGCGCGCUGCUGAGCAUCCCCUACGCGAAAGUACUCCUGCGCUUUCGGACGACACUGGCAGCUCCUCUUCACGCGAAAGCUCUCCGCCGGCUACACCCGUCUCUGGACUCAGCCGUGCACCAUCUAUCUCGUUUGAAGACAAUUCUAAGCAUAUACUUGCUUCCGACGACACAGAUAUCAGAAUCGUCGAACCAGACACGGACUCCUCGCCACCAGAAGAUAUCACCCGUUCGCUGAAACGGAGACGGUUGGCGGACACUAGGGCUGAUGGAUUUCACGCAGAGAGAGCGCUGCUGCCUGAUACCUCGAACGACGUGACCCAAGCCGAUGACGGCGCGUCCUUCGGUCUUGAGCAUAUACCCAUCAGCGACUGCACAGGUGUCGGGGACGUUAAGCUAGAUGCGGUGGACCUGUCGCUAGAAUACGUCUUCCGUUCGUUGAAACGGAAGCGAUGCGCGGAUACGAGCACUGAUGACGCUUGUGCAAAGAGGCCGCGGACGUCUGGCACUUCGAGCGACGUAACCAAGGCCGAGGACUGCGCUUCAUUCGGUCUUGGACAUAUGCUCGUUCGCGAGUGUACGAAGAUCAUGGUCGCCGAGCCAGAUGCGACUCCUGCGGUUGCCCCCGAUAUUUCCCUACACGCUCCGUUCGAAGCCAUCGCUCGCCCGCCGAAGCGAAAACGAUGCAUGAUUACCGGCUGCGUGUCUGUUGAGGUGGAGGCGUGCUAUAUCCUGCCUCCCGACACGCCUCAACCGUUGACCACCCCGAUACCCGCCCUGUAUGUAUCUCGCGACGGCUUGCAGCCCGUAUCGCUCGUUGGGAUGGCACGACCUGAGUGCAAAUUGCAUCUCAUGACAACUCGAGUGGGCCGUGAAUUCAUGAAGCAACCGCUCCACUACGAGCAUCAUCUUCUCAAGGACGCGCUUGCGCAUAUACCCACUAUCACGCCCAUCCACCCAGAUGUGGUCGAGCCGGUCUUCUCCCACAUCAGACGCGACUCACCAGUUGAAGGCAUCUCCCGCCUGCCGAAGCGGAAACGGAGCCCGGACACGGAGGCUUUUGAAGUCCCUGCCAAGAGAAUGCGCACGUCCGGCACUGCUCGCAACGUGACAAAGGUCGAGGACGGCAUUCCUUUCGGACCUCACCCGAGGUGCAUGAUCACCGGAUGCGUGUCUGCUGACGUAGAGGCGUGUUAUAUCCUGCCUCCCGACAUGCCUCAGCUAUUGGUGAGCAGACAUGACUGCUAUUCCGGCUUUUGUGGCUGA